GCCAUGCUGCUGUUGCGACCUGGAAGCAAACAGCUCCGGGGUCAUAUGGAAAGUGUCAGCUGGGGGACAGCUCCGCGGGUUCGUCUUUGUGCCCCGCGGGGGUGGGGAGCUGGGAGCCAGGACUCCGGAGUUCUGUCCCCUGCCCUGUCAGGGGAGUGGUGUCUAGUGGUUAGAGCAGGGCUCCCUGUCUCUUCUCCAGAGGCCAGCAGGGGGCAGCUGGGAGUUGGGGGCCUUCUCCUGGAGCCUUGGCCGGGUUGAUUUAGUGCCGUGGGACAUGACCAACGACCUGGACAUCUUUGUGGGGAACACCACGCUGAUCGAUGAGGAGGUGUACCAGCUCUGGCUGGAUGGGUACUCAGUGAGUGAUGCAGUGAGCCUGCGAUUGCGCAGCGGGAUCCUGGAGCAGACAGGGGCCACGGUGGACGUGCUGCAGAGCGACACCAUGGAUCAUUACCGCACUUUCCACAUGCUGGAGCGCCUGCUGCACACCCCCUCCAAACUCAUCCACCAGCUACACUUUCAGAUCCCCCCCUCCCGCCAGGCCAUGCUCAUUGAAAGGUACUAUGCCUUUGACGAGGCCUUUGUGCGUGAGGUGCUGGGCAAGAAGCUCUCCAAAGGCACCAAGAAGGACCUAGAUGACGUCAGCAGCAAGACAGGCAUCACCCUCAAGAGCUGCCGGCGCCAGUUUGACAACUUCAAGCGGGUGUUUAAGGUGGUGGAGGAGAUGCGGGGGUCCCUGGUGGAGAACAUCCAGCAGCACUUCCUGCUCUCAGACCGGCUAGCCAGGGACUACGCUGCCAUCGUCUUCUUCGCAAACAGCCGCUUCGAGACGGGCAAGAAGAAGCUGCAGUUCCUGACCUUUGAGGAUUUUGCUUACUGUGCAGAGCAGAUGAUCCAGAACUGGACACUGGGAGCCGUGGACUCCAAUGUGGACGACAUGGAUGUGGAUCUGGAUAAGGAGUUCCUGCAGGAACUCAAGGAGCUCAAGGUGCUGAUUGCUGAUAAGGAUCUGCUUGAUCUACAUAAGAGCCUGGUGUGCACGUCACUGCGCGGGAAGAUCUCGGUGUACAACGAGAUGGAGGCCAACUUCAAGAACCUGUCACGGGCACUGGUCAAUAUGGCCUCCAAGCUGAUCCACACCAAGGACGUGCGCGACUUCUUCAUCGACCUAGUGGAAAAGUUCAUUGAGCCCUGCAAGUCAGAUAAAUGGACUUUGAACGACGUCCGUCUCUUUCUGACGCAGUACACGACGUCUGCUCACACGUUGGACGCCUUCCGACACCAGGCUCUCUGGGAUCGGUACAUGAGCACCAUCAAAUCCUGCCUGCUUAAGAUGUACCACGACUGACAAGCAGGAGGAGUCCUGACUGUUUUAAAUGCCCUGCUCUGCCACUGAUCCUUCUGCCGGAUCUCUGUUCCCGUGUUCUGUUUACCUGGGCUGCAUCUUGGGAUCCCUGAUGUGAAGCCCCUUCGCCAUUUCCCCAGGGCUGGACGCUGCCUCCUCCAAGAUUCCCUCUCUCCAUCUUCGGAGUUUUAGCCCGUUUUGGAAAAUAAAUGGAAGAGCCACUUGUUG